UCCCCGCUCCACUCUUCAUUCCAAUUCAAACAGAAAACCUAAUUUCUCAAAUUUGAUUUCGCACCAAAUUUUCCUCACUAAAAUGUCUGGUCGUGGAAAGGGUGGCAAGGGUUUGGGAAAGGGAGGUGCCAAGAGGCACAGGAAGGUUCUGCGCGAUAACAUUCAAGGAAUCACGAAACCUGCGAUUCGUAGGUUAGCGAGAAGAGGUGGCGUGAAAAGGAUCAGUGGUUUGAUCUACGAGGAAACCAGAGGAGUUCUGAAGAUAUUCUUGGAGAACGUGAUUCGUGAUGCUGUGACCUACACUGAGCACGCUAGGAGGAAGACAGUGACUGCUAUGGACGUGGUUUAUGCUCUUAAGAGGCAGGGAAGGACCCUCUACGGUUUUGGAGGCUGAACAAUUCUUUUUUUGGCUGUGCUCCUAUGUGCUUGUUCUCUUGGAUGCUGGUGAUGUUUAGGUUCAUCCUGUAACAUAGGCUUAUUCAGCUCUAGAUGUAAAACGUUGAACCGUAAUUGGAAUUAUAUGAAUUAGUACUUUUUUGUUGGUGGAAAUUAUAGCUCGAAACUUUGGCCUCACGUUUUUUAUUUGGUAUUAUCAUGCUCUGCACUGGAAUGUUUUGACAUGGAAACUGGUCUUGUAAUUUAGAUUUGAUAAAAGGAAAGGAAAAGUACACUAUUCAAUGA